CCUGCCUGUCUGUCGGUGAGUGACUGUCUCUGUCUGUCUUCCUAUUGUCAAAUCAAAUCAAAAGUUGUACGAGCGUGGUGUUUAUCGUAUGGAAUAAAUAAUACAAAAUAAAUGUUUAUAAUAUUAAAUUUUGUUCAUUGAGUUAUAUUUAAAAGAAAGUAAAUAACGUUUUAAAAAAUGGAUUACAAUUACGAACAGACAAGUGAAGUGGAGGCAUUAGAUUCAAUAUAUUAUGGGGACAUGCAAAUUUUAGCAACUCAGCCACUACAUAAAUUCAGCAUAGCAAUAAAAUCAGAGACCUUCGACGAGGGGGAAGGAUUAGCCUGCCAGCUAGUUUUCACAUACACCGCAAAGUAUCCUGAUGAACUACCAAUUAUAGAAGUUGAGGAUGAAGAAAACUUCGAAGAUGUUGUUAAUAAAAAUGAGCUUUUAGAACAUUUGAUUCAGCAGGGCAAAGAGAACUUGGGAAUGGUGAUGGUUUUCACACUGGUGUCAGCGGGGCAGGAGUGGCUGAAUGAAAAGUGGGAUCAUAUAAAGAAAGAACAAGAAGAAAAAGUUUUAGCCAAGCUCAAGGCUGAUGAAGAGGCAGAACUGAAAAGGUUUGAAGGCACCAGAGUGACAGUAGAAUCUUUCUUGGCGUGGAGAAAGCAGUUUGAAUUAGACAUGAACAUCCAGGCAAAGAGGGAGAAGGAUGCUAAGGAUAAGAACAAGCUGACUGGAAGAGAACUAUUCCUCAGAGACACCACACUCAAUGAAUCAGACUUGAAGUUUCUGGAUGAUGGUGAUGCAGUUAAAGUGGAUGAGUCGCUUUUCCAAGACUUGGAUGACUUGGAAAUUUCAGACGACGAUGAUGAAGACUAUGUACCAGGCCAAAGUGGUAGUGACAGUGACUAGCUAAAUAGACUCGUUUAGAACCUCAAGAGUACUCAUGAAUACGGCGGUCUGUGGCUUUCAAUAAUAAGUUAAACAUGCUUAAUCUAGUUAUUGUUUUAAAUAAAAUAAUAGAUUUUUUGUAUUCAGAGAAUAUUUUUAUUUACACUUUGUCACUAUUAUAGUUAUAUACAACUGAGAAGUGACUGUUUAAAAAGCAAAUUACAACAAAUGCGCAUUGGUCUAAAAAUGAUAAUAUUUUGUUUGGCAUUCCAUUUUAGAUAUCAUUUUUACUUGUUAUAUUUUUUUACAUUUACGCGAGACGGCAUAUACAAUUAAGAAUUCCAAACCUGUGACAAGCCAGUAAAGCAGUUUUAAAGUUUUUUAUUAAUUCAUUUCAUGACCAACAGCUGCAUUAACACUUCAACAUUAGUAUUAACAAAACUGGGACAACAUUGAGCAAACAAAACAAACAGGGCUUACUACCCACACAGCUGUCUUAUGAAAACUCUGACCAUCGAAUAUCCUCAUUAAAUUGAACAAUGCGUGUGAAACAAUUCUAACAGCAUAAAUUUUAUUAAAUUUAAAAAGUACACACAACUAUAUUUUCAUUUAGUUCAAUAUUUCUGAAAGUAGAGUACUGUUUUUAAUUUCAUUUCUAAUAAUACUGACAUGUAUAGGUCCUACUUACAUAUUGUGCUUUCUUGGUUUCAUCAGACAACUGCAGCUAAAGAGGUACUAAGUAAAUUGUUUAUCACUAGGGCUAAAUUAAGAGUUAAUGUUACACAAACAAUUCAAUGAUCACAUACUAUUUACAAUGUGCAGUCUUAACUGAAUCAAUAACAAAUCAAUUACUCACUAAACAUUUUAAUAAUAUAAUGUAAUCAACCACAGAUAUGUAUAUUUCAAUCAAAUCAAAUGUGCAUAGACUAUCGAGUCAGCCUUUAAUCAUAGGUGUGCAAUCUAUAUAAAAAUAAUAAUUCAAUUAAAUUAUUUUGUCAAAUUCUACUUUGGUAAGUCCUGGUAAUAUAGAAUAAUUUACAACAACAACUUCAUUUUAAAGAGUAACACACAACACAACAACUAGAAGGAUUAAUUUCCGGGUGCGAAAUUCCUUUCGUGAUAAUGGAAAUUAGAAAUAUUAAUUUAAAAAAAAAAUAAUUUUGUACCUAGACCCAACUUUCGAAAAAAACAAAUAGAAGCGUAAUAAUGAUCAGGUGACUAUACAUUGUAAAAUUAACACAUUUACCUAAUUUAAAUAAAACUAUUAACUAUAUAAUUUUAAAUACGAGUAUAAACAUCCUGUGCAUAACAAUAGUAAACAAUAAUGAACGUGAUAAAACAAAUCAUGAUAAAUAUAAGGGUAUUAAGAUUGCUUCAAUUAAAACGGACUUACAACAUUUAUAUGAUUAAUUUAUAACUAUAGACCAAAUAGAUUUGCCACUUCAGGGAUAUGCCACGUCACAGAUAUAAAAAAUAUGAAGAAGAAGAAUGUCAAAGAAUAAAAUCAGAAGAGACAGAAACUAAAUACUAAACCAACGAAAACUACGUUGGAAUGUGAAAAUAUAUUUACAAGUUACUAACGUCUAUCUGGCAUAUCCCAAUGAGAAAUGUAUGAAGGAUAAAAUAGUGCUACGGAAAUGGAAUCUCUUUUAUACAUCUGUAGGCCUACCAAGGUGAUUGUAAACGAAGCCACUAAGAAUUCAUUAUUUCAGAAAGAUUUCAAUUUUAAAUAUUUUACAAAAUCCAUUCUGUUUGGUUUAGCGGCAACGUAACAAUAAUUUAUUUCAGUACAUCCUCUUUAUACAAGAAAGUGUACUCGAUUAUACAAAUUACAGCAUCUAUUGUGAAAAUAUACGACAUUUGUACCUAAAAUAUUGUUUUGUUUAAUUAUAUUAAGUUUUGACAGGACUUGUCGUCAUGUCGGUCUCGAGAAACCUGUGUCGUAGACUAGGU